AUGGGUUUCCGUCGCUCUGUUGGGGUUCUUCUACCCUUCGCGUUGGCGAUCGCAGCUAGCAUUUUUGUCCUCGUUCCUACUCUUGCCGGAGUGACAGACAAGUCACUAUACGUCUUCAAACUCAACUUCGAAAACCUCUCUAUCAGCCCCGUAAGCGAUCUGAUAGACCACAUCGACAUCCAUUCAGGGCUAAGCAACAAGAACAAUCGCCAUAUCCGAGCGAAAACGGUCGAUAAGAAUAUCACAGCCGACUUGCUCGGUCUGGAAAAGGCAUACGACAUCACACUCUGGGGCUACUGCCAUACGGACAAAGAUAAGAAACGAGAGUGCUCAAAGCCCGCAUUUAACUGGGUGAAAAAGAAUGUCUCAAUGGAUUCCUUCAAAAGCACAGAUGAGGAUAUAGUGGCCAAGCUGCCAAAGGAGAUCAACAAAGCUAUUGAGACCUUUGGCACAUUGACAAAAGCGACUGAAGUUGCCUUCAUUGUUGCUCUGCUGGAGCUUGCCAUCCAGAUCGCCCUUGGAGUAUUCGCAAUAUGCUCCCGAGAGCUUACCUGCUGGACGUGGAUGAUCUCUGGCUUUGCCUUCGCUUUCACUCUUGCCGCUGCGGUCCUAUCAACCAUCAUGGCUUCAUUUGCGGUAGGGGCAGCUGAGACGACUACGAAAGUGUACGGAGUAAAGGCGGAAGUCAAUACUGUAUUCUUGGCCAUCAUUUGGAUCGGCGCUGCUUUUGCGAUAGCCGCCAACUUGCUUUGGAUAUUGCCGACGCUUUGCUGUGCACCAAAACAGAGGAGCAGCGAAGACUCCAAAAGCUUGCUUACUGGAAGUCGUCACGGUGCUUAUGUCCCUGUUCAUGAUGAUCAUGAGAUGCAUGGCACGUAUCAUAGCGGAGGCCUUGCGUCUUCUUCGUCUGAGGGUAAUCGUACCGAUCUUGCUUAUGAGCCGUAUAGCCAUCAUGCAUGA